ACAUCUGCAGAGCAAUUGAAUUGCUGGAAAAAUUACAGAGAAGUGGGGAGGUGCCACCACAAAAGCUCCAGGCAUUGCAGAGGGUCCUUCAAAGUGAGUUCUGCAAUGCUGUGAGAGAGGUGUAUGAACAUGUAUAUGAAACAGUGGAUAUCAGCAGUAGCCCAGAAGUUAGAGCUAAUGCAACAGCAAAGGCCACAGUCGCUGCAUUUGCUGCUAGUGAAGGUCAUUCCCAUCCCAGAGUGGUUGAACUACCCAAAACUGAAGAAGGUCUUGGAUUCAACAUUAUGGGAGGCAAAGAACAAAAUUCCCCAAUCUACAUCUCUCGAAUUAUCCCCGGAGGUAUCGCUGACAGACACGGAGGCCUGAAGCGUGGAGACCAGCUGCUCUCUGUCAACGGAGUG